CGCAGACGAUAUUGUGAUGGUGGCGGAUAGAGAAGAAGAGCUAAAGGAGAUGUUGAGGAGACUCAAAAAAUUCUUGAAGGAAGCCGAUUUGGAGCUGAGCACGGAAAAGACUAAAAUAGUAGUCUUUGAAAAAAGAAGGAACAAAAAGAGGCAAAGAAAAUGGAAGCGGGGAGAGCAAGAAUUAAAAGAGGUGGACGAGAUAAGAUACCUAGGGUAUAUACUGCAGGAAAACGGAAGUGAUGAGAAGCACAUACAAGAUAGGAAAAAGAGAGCGACAAUUGCAAUGAAGGAAACAUGGAGCGUGGGAGAAAGAAUAUUCAAACAGGACUACAAAAGGAGAAUGAAGAUGUUUGGAGCACUGGUAGAGAGCGUGGCGCUGUUUGGAGCAGAGGUAUGGGGAUGGAACAUGGAAGAAAGACUGGACAGAGUUCAAAGCAGAUAUGUGAAACGAAUACUAGGCUUAGAUAUGACAACACCAAACUACAUACUGGUAGAGGAAUGUAAAUUAAUAGAAAUGAAAGAAAAAGCACUAAAAAGAGCAGCGAGGUACGAAGAGAAAGCCCUAGAAUCAAAGAAGGAAUUAGUAAAGGAGUGUAUAAAGGAAAGA